AAAGAGUUUAGUAUACAUUAAUAUGCUUAAACUGAAGUUGCUUGCCUUGUAUUGAUAAACAGUGAAAAAAGCAAAACAUUAACAAAUCGUGCUAUGAACAGUUUCCUUUUAAAAGAUUUCGUUCAUUACGCCGAACUCUAGCGGCAGUUGGAAUGCUUGAUAUACGGCAACACAUUAUAAUCUGAUAACGAGUAAAGCCUAACAUUGUCAAGUGAUAUCUAGGGUUUUUUUAUGUAUCGCCAGACCAGGAAGUUUAGCGCAAUGGAUUUACAUUAUGAUGAAUGACAAGGUUAGUUACAAUUGUCUACAUUCAAAUAAGACGUAAAGCAUGGACCCCCAAUGCAGAGCCCAGGAUGCCGUACGGUGCUAUAUAUGUGAAAGAUCCUUCCCCUCGAUGCAUUGUGAUGCUUGUAAUGUCUGCCUUUGCAAAAGCUGUGUUGGUGAACAUCUCUCAGAUUUGUCUAAAUCUCAUAAAGUGGUGCCAUUCGAACAGCGGAACGCAACACCUAACUAUCCUAGAUGUACAAAGCACACCACAAGGCAAUGUGAACUUCAUUGUGAACAAUGUGACAUUCCUAUUUGUGUGCAAUGUGCAUCUUCUAAAUGUCACCGAGGUCAUAAAUUUGUUGACAUGCUAAAAAAUUUGAAAAGCAAACAAAAAGCCUUACAAAAAGAUUUGGACGAAUUAGAAAGAUCAUUAUAUCAUAAUUAUCAAACAUUUGCAUCAACCAUCCAAAUAAAGAUAACCGAUAUUCAAGAAACGGCAAAGAUAAUGGCAACAGAUAUCGAUGCUCAAGGGAAGGUCUGGCACAGAGAAAUAGACGUCAUAAUGAAACAUCUAAAAUCUGAAGUCAAGAAGAUUGAAUCCAAACAAAUGGUUGUCUUAAAUAAACAACAAGAAGAAACAAAUCAAAUCAUGGAUGAAAUAGAACAGACAAUUCUUGAUUUGAAGAAAGCAUUAGACUCAAAUGAUAUUAACUUUGUAUAUGCUUACAGAUCCAGGAAUAACGAAUUCAGAGAAAUGCCUCCUGACCACAGCCUGUCAUUACCAAGGUUCAUCCCUGAGAAUAUUGAUACAAAACAGCUUCAAGAACAAUUUGGUUCUCUGUCAAUGAUGCCUGAUUUAACCUACGAGAAUGAAUUCGCAAUGAAGACAAAAGUGUCUGAUGAUGAUUCGAUAUACGAGAAUGAUUCAACAGUAAAGACCACAGAUGCUGAAAACUCGCUUCUUGAUGAACCAAAGAUGAUUGUUGCCAGAAACACAGGUACUGGAACCUUGAAUACUGCAGUCUGCUUGAAUGAUGAAUUAAUCUGGACAACUGGUCAGAGCAGCAUAAUAAAGCUUUACAAUUUGCAAGGGGAAUUACUUUCUUCAAUUCACACCAUGUCAGGAAACUGGCCAUGGGAUAUUACAAUCACAAAGAGUGGAGAUCUCUUCUAUACUGACCCACAAAACAGAACUGUGAACAAAACAAAAAAUGAUCAGAUAUGGACUCUUCCAAUAGUAAAAGGUUGGGUACCACGAUCUAUUUGCAGUACUCUCACUGAUGAUGUCCUGGUGCUCUCAGUGCGACAUGAUGAUAAACAAACACAAGUUGUUCGUUACACCGGUUCUUCCAAAACGCAAACCAUUCAAUUUAAUGAGAAUGGUCAACCUCUCUAUUCACCCGGCUGCUACAAAAAAAUCAUUUGUGAGAAUAGGAACAUGGAUAUCUGUGUAUCUGACUAUGGGGCAGGUGCAGUAGUAGUGGUUAAUCAGACUGGUAUAUUGCGGUUUACAUACAGGGGUUACCAAUGUACAACAAAGGCAUCAUUUUUUCCAAAUGGCAUUGCAACAGAUGGCAAAGGUCGAAUUUUGACUGCAGACAGUAUCGAACAACGUAUCCACAUCUUAGAUCAAGAUGGACAGUUUCUUCGCUAUGUGGAACACAAAGAUUUACAUUUUCCUCGUGUUCUGUGUAUAAGCAAAGGUGGAACACUUUUUGUGACUGAGUGGGAAGCGCAAGUGUUUGAUGUGGUCGUGCAAGAAACUGCAGGUUCAAAAAGACUAAAUUUAGAGAACUGCGGACAGUACAAACUCUAUGUCACUAUGGCUUCAAUAGGUCUGGGGGAUUAUGACAAACGAGAAGUUAAAGUCAAGUGGCGGUUUGAAUACAUUCGCAGAUAUGGCUUCCACUCCAGGACUCUCUUCUCGUUAGAAGCUGGGAGGCGAUGUGAAACCGGGGAAGGAUUUUUCAAUUUUCUAGUACAUCAAAACCAAGAACACUUGACGUCGGCCCUUGAUAAGGCAACAAGGGUCAACAAAGAAGAUGAGGCGUUCUCUGUCAACUUCAAAUUUCUUUAAAACUAUUUGAAAACAAAUGUGACAAAUAGAAAACCAAGGUUUUUCAUUCAAUGCUGGGCUAAAGCUAUCAUAUAAUUAGGUGCCAAACCAGAUACCACCGCCAAUCAUUUUUGACUUUCUUUUUUUUUUAAGAUUGUUUAAAUAGAUAAUUUCUUAUGUAGUAUUUAACUAUUGGAACAAAAAAAAAACUAUUAUAUAUGUUGAUUCCAUAUGCGUGUUUGAGUGGAUCUUUAAAAUGUGUGCAUGAGAGAGAUAUGUUCAGAAAAAUCUAACGAUGAAUUCCAAUGGCUCUAGGAUAUUUCCGUUGCUUGAAAAAAUAUUGUAACGGUUCUUCUUAUUUAUUAUAAACCGUUCAAAUAGCAGAUCAUUAUUUAAUGCUUUUAAACUACAGUAUUAACAGAAUUUUAUGUUCUACAAACAUAUUUCGUUAAAUUAGAUUAAAAAUCAUUCACUCAUGAUAACAAAAUUGAGACAGCAGAAUAUGUGUCAAGAUGCUCUGAAAAGCAUUAACCGCACCAUAAUAUGAUACAGUAGACAAAUACACCAUUAAAAGGUGUUUUAAAGGUUAAGGUUACAAGAACAAUCCCUCGAUUUUAUAUUUUAUCUUUUUUAAGAGGACUUGAUGGCCGUGGCCAUUUUAGACUGUAUUGAUCUCCUUUAGAAGAAGAGCUCUAUCUAAAAAUAAAGGAAAAUAUUACCAAAUUUUAAUGUUAAAAUAUAUAAAUUUUCCUUUAAAAUAAAUAACCAACUUUGAACAUCAAGAAUUAAAUAUAAUUUUUUUUGUUUUGUUUUUUUUUUUUUAAUUUUUUGCUUUCGCAGUUCACAGCACAUUCAAUUUUGUACAAUAAAAAGCUUGCUUUGACCUUCCCCUGAUACUCGUUUCCACGGAUGACGUCAACGGUCAGUGUCACUUGUCUGACCAGACGUCUGCUGGGUGGGACCGGUUGACAUCUCUUUGAUGCGACCGUCAUUUUCAUUUCUGUUAAUCUGCAUAUAUGUCUAUAUAUCAUAGAAAUUAACUAAAUAUGAUCCAAAGUUAUACUCGUAUAACCUGGGUUGGAGCAAUUUAUGUUUUUUUAAUAAUCCGCUUUCGGAUUGUAAAACGUAAACUGCCCCAACCCAGGUUGUACUCGUAUAACUUGGGUAGACAUUCAGUUCAUUUCUUAAAUAUAAAAGUAGUAUACAUUUAUUUUAAGUAAAUAUCAAACUCUAAAUUGUCUUAUUUUUACCUUUUUUGAAAUUAUAUUUUAAAUAACAAUUUAUGUCCUUGAAAUUAUACUACAAGUGUU